AUGCACGGCACUCGCCAUAGAACACGGUCGCGGCCACACUCUCCUCAUCGACACGAAAGAGAAAGCAAAAGAUCCCGCCAUCGAUCCCCCUCGCCUCGUCAUGCGCCCAAGAAGGACCUGCCAUUCGGAGUCCGCGAGAUCUCCCGCCACGACCUGCCGCUAUAUCGACCCAUGUUUGCCCUGUACCUCGACAUACAGAAGCGACUGAAUAUUGAAGAACUCGACGAGACUGAGGUGAAGGGUAGAUGGAAAAGCUUUGUUGGCAAAUGGAACCGUGGAGAACUGGCGGAGGGUUGGUACGACCCCAAGACGCUUGAAAAAGCCAGAGCAUCAGCAUCAGCUACAGAGAUCCAAAGAACUGGCGAUAGAACGGAUGAAGAUGACGACGAGUAUGGUCCACCACCUCCAACCUCAUCCGGCACGUCAAGACAUGACAGUAGCACUCGCGACCACGGUCUAGGGCCCUCUAUACCUUCACUGCAAGACCUGCGAGCCCGCGAUGAGCAAGCGCGAGAAGAGGCGGCUUCCGCCCGAGACAAGUACAGGGAAGACCUUCGUCACGAACGACUUCUAGACCGGAAAUUACAGAAGGAACGGCUGGAAGAGCUGGCACCGCGUGCCGAGCCCGGGACUCGCGAGCGCCAAUUAGAGAAGAAAAAAGAGAAGGCCGAGUCAAAUCGCGCCUUUGCCACAGCCAAGGAAGAAGGCGAUGUGGAAUUACGGGAAGCCGACGUGAUGGGCGACGAAGAUAGCCUGGGCGAGUUGAAGAGGAUGCAAAAGGAGAAUGAACGGCGGAAGAAUGAGAGGGAGCUUCGUAGAGAAGAAAUUCUGCGCGCCAAACGUGCCGAAAGAGAGGCCCGGUUGGCACAGAUCAAGGAGAAAGAAGACAAGACGAUGGCCCUAUUCAAAGAAAUUGCGAGAGCAAGAUUCGGUGGAGGAGCAGGCGAAGAAGGACAAUCAUGA